AUGACGCAGGCUCAGAAUUAUAUCAUUCACCCUGGCUCCAAGGUCCUUGUCACCGGUGCGAACGGGUACAUCGCCUCGCACAUUAUCAAAGUACUGCUGGACCUGGGGUAUCUUGUUCGAGGCACGGUGCGGACGCCAAUGCCAUGGCUGACUGAGUAUUUUCAGAAGGAGUACGGUGCAGGGAGAUUCGAACUCGUUCUAGUUCCGGACUUCCAGCAGCCUGAUGCCUUUAAGCAAAGCGUCAAGGGUGUAUCGGGUGUCAUUCAUGUUGCUCAAGGGUUACCCUCUAGCACUGCCUCCGAAACCGUGGAGAGUGCAACAGCCUACACCGUGAAAGGUGUUGUUAAUCUUCUCACGGCUGCGUCCGAAGAGCAUAUGAUCAAGCGAGUCGUUCUCACUUCUUCAAUUGUAGCAGCGGGUUACCCUUCUGCAAAGGGUUUCAAGUUGGAUGUUGACUCUUGGGACAGGAGCCUGGAAGAAGCACAGAAAGAUGGAAGUAGUGUGCCUAUCUAUCGAGCUUGCAAGAUCGAAGGAGAACGACAAGCGUGGAAAUGGGUUGAGAAGAACCAGCCACAGUUUGAGCUGAACACCGUUCUUCCUUGGCUAACAUUGGGCAAGGUCCUCCAUCCCAAUAUAGGCGGUUCGACCAUGGGAUACGUCUCUGGAUUUCUCAAGGGAAAUACCACACCAUUCAAGUUUCUUCCUCUACCUUGGUUUGUGGACGUUGAGGACACUGCCCGCUUACACGCGAUAGCUCUGUUCAGUCCAAAGGUGCGGUCCGAACGCAUCUUCGCCGCUGCUCGCCCCGUUACUUGGGGUGAAGUUAUUGGGAUCAUCAGGCGGCUUCAGCCGGGUAACAGCCGGAUUCCAGUUCCACCUUCUCAGGAGGAACCAACACUGGGAGAUGUUGUUCCUGCAGAACGAGCAGAGCAACUUCUGCGUGAAUAUUUCGGACAAGGAGGCUGGACGUCCCUGGAGGACAGUCUGGAGGGUGGAUAG